AGUAGGCAACCCGAAAAGAGUCUGGCAACCACGAUCGUCGGUAUACAUACAAACAUCUCAUAUUCGUGUGUGCGUCUGGAUUUUGCUGUAUUUUUUAUUUAAGAAUGAAUUAUUAACUAACCAUUAAUAAAUUAUUAUUAAAUAAAAAACAGUAUAAAACCGCAAAUCAACCAUACACACCGAGUCCUCCCGAAAACCGUGAAAAACAGAGACACCAUGGACCAGGAGAACUUCCACGGGCACAGCCUGCCGCAGCAGCUGCAGAACCUGCACAUCCAACAGCAGCAGCAGCAGCAGCAGUUGCCCCCGAAUCCCGUCCAGACGGGAUUUGCUCCGCGUCGGCAGUAUGAGAACCUUGGCGGCAACCUGGGCAAUGGCAACGUAGCCGGCGGAAGUCCGGUCAAGGGUGCUCCUCCGCUGGGGGGGCAGCGACCGGUGAAGGUGAAGAAGGAGAAGAUGCCCCAGGUGGUGGGGGCCCAGCUGCCUCAGCCGGGCCAGCUGCAGCUGUCCGAGAUGGGUGUUGAUCCCGCGGUUGGUUGCUCCGGCGUACCGGGCGCCAUGGGAAUCAUGCCCAGCGACGAGGCUCUGAAGUUCGUCAGCGAGACGGACGCCAAUGGACUGGCCAUGAAGACGCCCGUCAGCAUUCUGCAGGAGCUGCUCAGCCGGCGCGGCAUUACGCCGGGCUAUGAGCUCGUCCAGAUCGAGGGCGCCAUUCACGAGCCGACCUUCCGGUUUCGGGUGUCCUUCAAGGACAAGGACACUCCGUUCACGGCCAUGGGUGCGGGUCGCUCGAAGAAGGAGGCCAAGCAUGCGGCGGCCCGUGCGCUCAUCGACAAGCUGAUCGGCGCGCAGCUGCCGGAAUCGCCGAGCAGCAGCUCCGCCGGUCCGUCGGUGACUGGGCUCACGGUCGCCGGAAGCGGAGGAGACGGCAAUGCCAAUGCCACCGGCGGAGGAGAUGCCGGCGACAAGAUCGUGGGCAAUCCCAUUGGCUGGCUGCAGGAGAUGUGCAUGCAGCGGCGUUGGCCGCCACCGUCGUACGAAACGGAAACGGAAGUGGGCCUGCCCCACGAGCGGCUCUUCACGAUCGCCUGCUCGAUCCUCAACUACCGGGAGAUGGGCAAGGGCAAGAGCAAGAAGAUAGCCAAGCGGCUGGCCGCCCAUCGCAUGUGGAUGCGGCUGCAGGAGACGCCCAUCGAUUCGGCCAAGAUCAGCGACAGCAUCUGCGGCGAGUUGGAGGGCGAACCCCGCAGUAGCGAAAAUUAUUAUGGUGAAUUGAAAGAUAUCUCUGUGCCGACACUGACUACGCAGCACAGUAACAAAGUAUCCCAGUUCCAUAAGACCCUCAAAAAUGCGACGGGCAAAAAACUGCUCAAGUUACAGAAGACUUGCCUAAAGAGCACCAAGAUCGACUACAUCAAACUUCUGGGCGAGAUCGCGACCGAGAACCAGUUCGAGGUGACCUACGUGGACAUCGAGGAGAAGACCUUCUCGGGCCAGUUCCAGUGCCUCGUUCAGCUCUCGACGCUGCCCGUGGGUGUUUGCCAUGGAAGCGGUCCCACGGCCGCCGAUGCCCAGAAGCAUGCCGCCCAGAAUGCCCUCGAGUACUUGAAGAUCAUGACCAAGAAGUAGUAGUUGGGGCAGCCAGCCAACUGCAUAGCAAAAUCUGAACGCACACCACGAGGAUUUUGGCGCAAGCGAUUAUAUGGAUUCGAAAUACCCUUAACCGAACCAAAUAGCUACUUUCCGGGAUAAUUGUAUAAGCACCAGUUUUGGCCCACAGCAAUGGCGAUAUUAUGUUCUUCGUUU